AAAAAUCCCAAUAUGUGUAAAUUAAUUGAUUUACGUAUUAUAGCGUCUACAAUGGAAUUUUUAUUUAUUUCAUUUUUUUAUACUAGUAAUGGCGGCAAUCUACGACUUAUAUGGGGACUGCGGCAGGCAUUCUGACACUGGGUGGGAACUGACUAGCUGCCACUGACACCUCCAGUGACACUAAUAUAAUGAUUAGUGCUAAUAAAAAGCACUGACACUGUACUAAUGACACUGGGCAGGAAGGAGUUAACAUCUGGGG